AUGCUUGACCGAGCGGCGAACGGGCCGCACCGGACGACGGCGACCCAAGGCGAAGCGAUGACUCAUUACUUGCCUCGAGACGAAGCAGGCCUCGCCGACGCCCUCGGCAGAGUCGACUUGGGCCGACCGAGUGCCCGCCGUCACCGUCACGGGGCCACGCCGGCGACGCCGCCACCCCCUCGCACGACCUCGGCGGCCCGGGAACCGCAUGCCACGACGCCCCACGACGAUGCUCGGUACGGCUGGGAGCCCCCAUGGCACGCCUUGGACGGCCCGGAGAGGAGGGCUUCGGACGCCGGUCGAACACUGUCGGGAGGGCAGUCGUCUCCUUCCACGAGCGGCAGGCUGGGAGCGCCGUCGUUGUCGGGUUCGACCUACAGCAUCUACCCUCCGCCGAACAAACCGCUUCCACCGCUUCCGGCCAAGGCGAGACAGCCGAGGCGGAUGCCGUCGCGAGAGUCGGUCCAAGUGUCCGGCGACCACCUCGACCCUUUCGGCGCCUCGUCGGCCCUCGUCAUGUCACGGCUCGUAAAGACGCCGUCGGCGCCGGCCGCCGCGCCGGCUCAUGCGGAUGCGAGGCGUGAGAUUCCCCGUCGACACCGAUCGGCGGCGCCCGAGAUGGCUCGAGGAAGGGGGCCUCGGUCGCGGCCUCGGCUCGACUUGCGAGCGGCCAAGCUGCUCGUCCCGGACGACAAGCGCGGCGGCGGCGGCGGCGGCGUCCACCACCUCGACCUGUCGCCGAGCUCGGCCGUGCUCGCCAGCAAGCACGGAAACAACACGGUGAGGAUCUGGGACGCCGACGAGGGCGCGACGCGGGCCGUCAUCAAGUUCUCGUCGUACACGGAGGCGCAGUCCCGGUCGCGCGACUACCUGAUCCGGAGCCACUGCCUGCUGUCCGAGACGUCGCCGCUCGUCGCCGUGGCCACGCGGUUCGGACGGUCGGUCGACGUGUGGGACUGGCGCCGCAAGAAGUGCCUGCAGACGCUCGACGACGCCGACCGGUGGACGGCGGGGCGGGCCGAGGUCGACGGCUCGGGCCACCGGCCCCUGCUGGCGCUGUACCGCGCCGCCGACGGCUCCAUCGACCUCUACGCGGCGGCCGACGGCAAGGCGGAGAGGAAGCCGUUUGCGAGGUCGAGGUCCAUCUGCCUCGCGCGGGCGGGCCUGCCCUUUGUGCCGCAGUACCCGGAGCUCGCGCUGUCGGCGACGGGCCCGCUCCUCGUGGCCGCCGCGGGCCCGCGACAGCCUCGCCCCGGACGGCCGCCGCCGGACAAGGAGACGCUGCUCGUCGCCUGGGACGUCGGCGACCUCGAGACGACGUCGACGGCGGCCAAGCCGUACCGCGUCGCGCGGCCGUGGCAGCACGCCGACAUGGCGACGGCCAUCCCCAGCGAGCUGCGCGCCCACGGCAGCCUCGUCGUCUCCAUCUGGAUCCCCGCGAGCGUCCGGGCCGUCGGCGGCGGCGGCGGCGGGAGCCUGACGCGCGUGCCCGUGCCGUCGCGGCAGGUGCUCGUCUGGGACCUGUCGGCCAACUCGACGCGGACGUUUGCCAUACCCAACGGCACGUCGUGCGUGUCGCCCGACUGCCGCCACGUCGCCUACUGCCACGCGCGCGGUGCCGGCCUCGGCGCGCGCGGCCGCCUCUGCAUCCUCGACGUCGCCGACGGCCGCGAGCUGUGGUGCUGGCCGAGUAGGGACGCGCUGGCCAUUGACAGCGGACCGCGGGCCGGGUUCGAGCAGUUUGACGACCUCGGGCUCGUCACGGAGCUCGCCUUUUCGGCCGACGGCCGGCGGCUCGUCAUCGGGGACCGGCAGGGCCGCGUGGGCGUGUACGACGUGUUUGAGGACGAAGCGGCCGUUGAUUGA